AGUGGCACCGCGCGCCGGGCGAGGAGGAGGGCAAUAAUUUUUCCGUAACAUGAAGCAACAUCCUCCUGGUUUCUCCAUAAAAAAGGCGGGAACUAGCCUAGAGGCUGGGGAGUGAUGGGACGCCCGUUUCUGCACGCCCCGCCCAUUUCAGCAUCUGAUUGGCGAAUAUCUUUGGCUCGUGGCGGAGAGGUCCUUCUGAUUGGCUGGCAGUCUCCAGGGACGGGCCCGCGGCGCCGGUCCUGCUCUCUUCGCCCCCCACCCGGGAGCUGUCGACGUGGGGCCGCGGCCGCAGGCUGUCAGGGGUCUGGGUGUGCCUGCCGAGCUGGAGGAGGGGAUGGGGGGGCUGCGGCUGCUGGCGGUGGCUCUCACCUGCUGCUGGUGGCCGCAGGGCAGCCAGGGUAAGACCCUGCGGGGCAGCUUCAGCAGCGCCGCGGCCCGAGACGCUCAGGGCCAGAGCAUCGGCCACUUCGAGUUCCACGGUGACCAUGCUCUUCUGUGUGUCAGAAUCAACAACAUAGCGGUAGCUGUCGGAAAGGAAGCUAAACUCUACCUGUUCCAAGCCCGGGAAUUGCUGAAGCUGCGGGAAGGCAGUAAUGGUUAUAGUUGUAGUGAAAAACUAUCCAAAGCUCAGUUGACAAUGACCAUGAAUCAGACUGAACAUAAUCUGACAGUGUCCCAGAUUCCACAUCCACAAACGUGGCACGUGUUUUAUGCAGACAAGUAUACGUGCAAAGAGGACGAUGAGAAUUCUCAGGGAGAAGAUAUCCCGUUUGAAAUGAUGUUACUAAACCCAGAUGCUGAAGGGAAUCCAUUUGAUCAUUUCAGUGCUGGGGAAUCUGGGUUACAUGAGUUCUUUUUCCUCCUAGUCCUAGUGUACUUUGUGAUUGCUUGCAUUUAUGCUCAAUCAUUGUGGCAGGCUAUUAAGAAAGGAGGACCCAUGCACAUGGUUUUAAAGGUUCUGACAACUGCAUUGCUGUUACAAGCUGGUUCAGCUUUCGCUAAUUACAUUCAUUUCUCCAGUUACUCCAAAGAUGGAAUAGGGGUACCUUUUAUGGGAAGUUUGGCAGAAUUUUUUGACAUCGCUUCCCAAAUUCAAAUGUUAUACUUGCUUCUGAGCCUCUGCAUGGGCUGGACAAUAGUCAGAAUGAAGAAGUCUCAGAGCAGACCCCUCCAGUGGGAUUCCACUCCUGCGUCCACUGGCAUUGCUGUAUUCAUUGUCAUUACACAGAGUAUUUUGCUGCUUUGGGAACAGUUUGAAGAUACCAGUCCUCACAGCCACCAUUCCCACCACAACUUAGCAGGGAUCCUUCUGAUUGUUUUAAGAAUCUGCCUAGCACUGUCAUUAGGCUGUGGACUCUACCAGAUCAUCACAGUGGAGAGAAGUACACUCAAAAGGGAGUUCUACAUCACAUUUGCGAAAGGCUGUAUCUUGUGGUUUUUAUGCCAUCCAGGUCUUGCAUGCAUUUCUUUCAUUUUUAAUGACUACCAAAGAGAAAAGGUCGUCACAAUAGGUGUUAUCCUUUGCCAGUCUGUUUCCAUGGUCAUUCUCUACAGACUCUUUCUAUCCCACAGUCUAUACUGGGAAGUUUCUUCACUUUCCUCUGUAACACUUCCACUGACCAUAUCAUCUGGACACAAAAGUCGGCCUCAUUUCUGAUACUUGAUGUUCUUUAGAGGAAAAGUGAAUUGAUUUACCAGAGUGCAAUAAGGAGCCAAAUACAGUGACUCUUUUUUCAUACUUUUGGUAUGAAAAAUUGAACAGAGAAAGCAGAGCAUGUUAUUUAUACAACUGCAUUUAAGCAGUCCCAAAACUGAAAAAAAGGUAAUAAGUGUUUUGAAAUAUACUUAAUAAACUUUGAAGAAAGAGUGUUGUUAUAAGAUGAUUUAACAAAUUUCCAUAUGGAAAUAAAGAUGAACAGAAUUAUAUGAUAUUUUCAUAAGAAAUUCACCACUUUUAAUGCUUCAUCUUAUAUCGAUAGUUAACUCAGGUUUGAUAGUCUUAUAAAAAGUGAUCAGUUAAAUGAUUACUUGCUUAAGCAUAUCUAAACUAAGUCCCAUUAUGAAAUCAGUGUAAUACACUGGUUAAAAACUGCUGCUUUUUAUGCUUUAAGGAAAAUGCAUUUCAUAUUGAAGAUGAAAGGAAUUGAAAAUUAAGUUACUUCAGAAAAUUAAUAUAAAUGCAUUCAUAUUAAAUGAAUAAGCUUUUGUUUAUUUGUGGGUGGGGUUAUUUUUCAUUUUCUUCUAUUUUGGCUCUAGUUAGGUUUAAGCUUGAUUAUCAAAGGGUUUUGAUAGAUUAUGAAAAAGAUAGGCUGUGUCGGUUGUACAAAGGGUUUUAAAAUCUGAGCACUUAGGUGAAGGGACAAGCGGGUUUACAUAUUUAAAAAGAAAGAAAAAGUACUAUGUGAUAUGGUACUAAAAUUUUAAUCCUGAUAUAAUUCAUUUCUCUUACAUUGAAUCCCCAAUCAUAAUUAAGCUGUAUACACAGAUUAAAUUAACAGAAGCAUUUCACAUAAAUGUUGGUUUCAGUCAUCAACUACCCAUGAAUUCCUGCCCAAGGAUACUUAAUCAGGAUUAAAUUUUCUAUGAAUAAUUGAGAAACAAAAUACUCACUGGAUUUGUUAUAAUCCGUGUUGGCAUUGGAUUCUAAGUAGUUGCCAUCUUGACUCCUUUGUAAUGAAGCCAUAUUUGUGUGUAUGAUGCCCCAGUACUGAGUAUAUUAGCUAAAAAAUACUCUAUCAAGUGCCCGCUUAAAGGAUUGCGAAGUAGUCCUUAGUACUUGCUGUGUAAAAUGUCUGUUCCCAUCAGCAGUCACUGAUUGGAAAUUAUUCUGUUUCUGUUUUUCACGUCAUUCAGGCCUUUGCACUUUUACCUCUGGCUUAUUUUAAACAUAUUUUUUAUCUACUUUCAAGGCUAUUGUGUUUUUAAGUAAGAAAUGGUGUGCUGAUCUGCUAAUUAAACUCUCUGAUUAAACAGUUAAAGUAACAGCACAACAUAAAAACAUCUAUGGCUUCGUCUUUGUUUUUCUUUUACACCUAGUCUCGUUGGAAAUAAAUAGUAUUCUGCUUCACUUUAAAGGCAAAAUAUGUGUGUGUGUGACUAGCAAAAUGGCAGCGUGACAGUUCAGCCUGCUCAUUAAAUCAUCUAACAGUUCUUUGUAAAUUAUUUAAUAAAUGAGAGCUACAGGUUGAGACUAGAAAGUCUGAGGUGUAUUUUAGGUUUACGUGAUCUUCUGAGUGGUCAUGACCUUUUCUUUUACCACGUCUCACUAAUAACCCCAGUUAUUGCCUGUUGUGUUCAACUGAGGUGCAGUUAAUUGAGCUGAGAAAAAAAAAAAGGUGAAGCCUUUUCAUAAAUGUUGUGAACUUGCAACAGUGGGAAGAGGAUAAUCUUUGUGUUACUUCCCCAAAGAGCCUUGAAACUGUAAUCAACAUUUAUGAAACAGAUGGAUGUGCUUGCAUUUCUGAGGCUUGAACAGAUGUUUUUUUUUAAUUUAUUUUUAAAUCUGUGGUUGAAUUUGCUGGUAAUUUGUUGUUCGAGCGCCAUUGAUAAAUGAAGGAAAACAGUUGUGAAUAAAGUUUAGUAAUCAGAGCUCAGAAUUUCCAGUUCCCAAGUCGUGGUACAGCUUGGCCUCUUUCUCUCUCUCUCGGAAUGUUUACAUGGAGCGUUGUCACCACAGAUUAUGGAAAGAUAAGUGUAUACUGCAAACUAAUUAAAGAUCAAAAUUUUUCUCCUUUCUCUGUCAGAUAAUGCUUUUUAAAAAAUCUAUUCUUACAUUUUUUAUUAAGGAAGAAUGAAUGGUCUGUCCAGAGCUUUUUUUUAGAAGCAUUUUCGUUCUUCCCUUAGGAAGAUAGAUAUAUGAUGUUCAUUUUUGUUGACAUGUAUAAUGUUAGCCUGUACUUAAUUUGAGGGCCUGCUGUGCAUCAGGCCUUCACACUCACCCCUGAGCUCUAGUGCAGUAACCACGCUCCCCUUUAACCGAGUGUAAGAGAGAAAAAUGAUUCCCUGGAGUCACCUGACUGCUUUUAUGUUUCUUCUUUACCCUCUUGACUUAAUGAGCACCUAUUCGAUGUUGUGUUAAACUGUAGUGAAAAUGAAUGGCUAUCAGUAGUUAAUGUUAGCUGUUGAUUUUUCACAUUAAACCUAGAAUUGUGCUGAAAUGAGAAACGAGCUUCAA